AUGAGUCGCAUCAGUGAUGUCAUCUGCAACGACCACAAAGAUCUUAAGGCAUACUAUCAACGAAUCCUCGAAGCAGAAGAUGAAGAUGAACAGACUCGAUGGCAAAAUAUGUUGACGUGGGAACUAGCACGUCAUGUGGUAGGCGAGGAGCUAGUGCUGUACCCGGCGCUAAAGAAGCACCUGCAGGAGGAUGCAGUCGAAGACCAUCAAAAACAUCAAAUGAUUAAAGACAAGUUAGCAGUUUUCCAAAACCUGAAAUCCAACGAUCCUCGCUUCAUGCCCACGGUAGCAGUGCUCAUGGAUGAUCUGGCUGCCCAUGUCAACCAUGAAGAGAAGAUAGAUCUCACCAACUUGGAAGAUGCUAUAAGUGAAGAGGAAAGUAAGCGCUUAGCGGCGUCAUUUGCUCGCACUAAGCACUUCGUUCCUACUCGUGCUCAUCCUAGUGCACCCGAUCGACCCCCAUAUCAGACUGCAGUUGGACUGAUCACGGCUCCACUGGAUUACUUGCAAGAUCUGUUUCGGAAGUGGCCCGAGCCAGAAGAAAUACUUGAUCAUGAUGCACCUCAAGAAUAA